CGGCCGACUCCAGUCAUCACGCGCUAGGACUUUCACUUGCACCACGCAUCGCGCGCGCUCGUCGUCCAUCCCGCGCCAAUUGUUAUAACCAAAUCAUCGUCAUUAUAAUCCUAUCUAGACUAUUAUAUCAUCUGAAUAUCUCUAUAAAGUUAUUGACCAAUCGCGGGAACGCGCAUCGUCGACCGAGUGUGUGUGGGUGGGGCUUUAAUUGACGUUUUUCCCCUGCCGCCGGAAGUGGCGGAAAGUGACAAUAAUUCGAUAACAAAAAAGUGCUGGUCGUCGUCGUGAUUGAUUUGUGCGUGUCAUGAGUUAAAAUCGGAUAGUCGAAACCGGUGCGUACACGUGAAAAGAUAAAGAAAUAAAAUAAAAAUCCCAAAAAUCGUUUGACUAUUUGAUUGAGCGAGAUGACGACUUGUGUCGAUCGAUCGGGCAGUUCCGCUCAAACUGGUCGUCUGUCCUCUUCCAUCCGAUUCAUGAUCAAAACACAACAGCAGCAGCAACAGCCCGUCCAGCAGCAGCAGCUGGCCGUCGUGGCCGUCAGUUUUAUUUGCUGUUUCCUGUUGGGAUCGGCGUCCGCCUGCGACUAUCAGCGCGUCGAUCCGAGUCACACCAUGUGCGUCUACACGCCGAGAAGUUGCGGUGGCAAAACACUCAUUCGCGCGAGCGGAAUGAGCUGUCACGAUAAGCAGGUCAUUCUGGAGACUCAUAAUCGGUUGCGGCAAAUGCUAGCCUUGGGUCAAAUACGAGGCCAGCCGCCCUCGCUGGACAUGCGAGAACUGGUCUGGGAUGAAGAACUGGCGGCUAUUGCUCAAAGGUGGGCAGAUCAAUGCAACGCUGGACACGACCGUCUCCGAAGAACAGAUCGAUUCAGCGUCGGCCAGAAUGUGGCGGCCACUUGGACGUUUGACAAGCCGAGCCCAACUGGCGAAGAACCAGAAUUCAAACGCCAAAUCGAAGCCUGGUUUAAUGAGGUGACUCAAAUCGGGUUUCGGCCAAAAGACAUUGAUCCGUUCAACUUCAAUCGCCAAGCGGGACACUAUUCGCAGAUUGCUUGGAGCGAAACGUACGCUGUCGGUUGCGGCUACUCUUACUUUCGUGACCCGCAGCGUGGAUAUACCAAACUUUAUGUUUGCAACUACGGGCCCGGAGGGAACGUUAUCGGUGCCACCAUGUACAGGACAGGUCGGCCUGGGCAAACUAUGUGCAUCAACGAAGGACUGGCCACGUCCAGACGCUAUCCCGGACUCUGCGAGAUUCCGCCCUCUUCCUCCGGUGUUGAUUAUCGCGAUCUGAUGUGCACCGCUCCGGCAACUACGCCUAUCGAUCAGUUGCAACUUCAAUUAGCCCCAGCUUCAGCUCCAGUCAAUAAACCACCACCACCUCUUCCGUCCUCCGGCUCGCCCCUGCUGGCUCCAGUCCUUGCAACACCGCCCGUACUUCAACCUCCGCCCAUAUUUCCGCCCCCUUCUCAGCCGGCACCCGCUCCAACACCGCAGAUUGGCGAUAUGGUUCUGCGCGGAAUGCAAUCUCCGCUAGCUGGAUUGGCCAAAUUAUUGGGACAUCCCCGUGACCACAACGACGUUUUGGCUGCUUUUAUAUCUGUAAACAAGCAAUUAGUUGCCCUGGGCGAGAAAGACAGGCUUAGGCAAGAGUUGCAUGAGCGAUUGCAAAAUUCUCAGAUAAGAACUGAACUAGAGAAUCAGGUUCGCCAAAUAAUCAGGGAAUCAGGAGGAGUUGAUAAUGUCAAUCUCGAAACCCUUUUUGAAAGGAUAAGAGGCCGCUCAAUAUAUACAGUUUCAGAAGACGGAUUGACCAGCGAGGAAAGUUCAGAUGCAUUCCAGCCAAUUGCAGAUGAAGAGGUGAUGCCUAAAGGAGAAUAUGGAGACAGUGAAGAUGAAGAAGUGGUCAAUAGAGCUGCUGAAUUGUUUGGAUUUGGAUGGAAGACUCCAAAAAAGAAUAAGAGUACUCUAAGAACUCCAUUGAAAACUCCUACAUCUGUGGCUUCGAAACAAAGGCUCAACAAAACCCCAAAUAAAACUCCCCUGAAAACUCCUGACAGAGGAAGGAAAUCCACAACUGCUCAAACUCCACAGACAGUUCGGCGACAAUUGAGAAACAAAAUUGUCAAGGUGACAUCUCAAGUUUUAGAAGGAAAUAGCGAUGCAGAGAGUGAUGGAUCAGAAAGCGAUUCUAGUUCAGAUGAUGAGGAAAAUUUAAAACAAAUCAAAUUAAAAGCAGCAAAAAAUCAGAUGGAUAUCAGUGUUAACACGGAAGAUUACUUUUUGGCGCAAAGUUCUGCUGUGCAUACGUCGGAUCGAACACUGAAUCGUCUUAACAACCCUAGGUUGAGUCAAGAAGCUGUCGAUUCAUUGAUGGAAAAUUUUGACGACUGUCAUUCUAAAGAGAAAAUCCUUCUUAUGAAGGAAUACCAACAACAGUUUUUACAGUGGUUUUUCCUUCUAAGAGAAGGAUUCAACAUUCUAGUUUACGGAUUGGGCUCGAAGCGAUAUUUGAUUGAUGAAUUUCGCACUCGGUUACUUGAUGGGAAAAAUGUAAUCGUCGUUAAUGGUUAUUUCCCUGGAUUGACUAUAAAGGAAAUAUUCAAUUCUUUAACCGAUGGUAUUUUGGAACAUUCUGGCGGUUUCUCGACCCCUGUUGAACAACUGGAGUUUAUAGAACAAGAGUUCACUAAUUCAAAGGUCGAAGCCUAUAUUAUUAUUCACAAUAUGGACGGUCCUAGUUUGCAGUUUAGUCGAGAACAAGAAAUCCUGUGUCGGCUAGCUUCUGCACCCGGUCUUCACGUCGUCGCUUCCACUGAUCACAUAAACACUCCUUUAUUAUGGGAUCAGCGAAAAUUAAGUCAGGCCAAGUUUGUUUAUUUCGACUGCACCACUUUCGCCCCGUACUCUGAAGAAAUCUCGUACGAAAACUCGCUCCUAGUCCAACAGUCUUCUACGCUCGGUUUGGCCUCGCUCGUUCACGUUUUCGCUUCGUUGACAUUCAACGCCAAGGCCAUCUUUAUUCUGAUUGCCCAGCGACAACUUGAAAACAAUAAUGAUACCAAUUAUCAUGGAUUUCCGUUCCAUGAGCUCUACAGCGACUGCCGAGAUAAGAUGUUAGUUAAUUCCGAUUUAACUUUGCGUGCCCAAUUGACGGAAUUCAAAGAUCACAAGCUUUUGCGGAUGCGUCGUACUGCUGAUGGAACAGAAGUGCUGCACAUUCCCCUAGAAAAUAAUCAGCUGGAAGAAUUCGUCCAAAAACAUCAAGAGUAAGGAUAAAUACUAAAGAAUGAAAUGGUGCUUCUGUUUCUUAGAGAACACUCAGUAAAUCUCUUAAACAUUCCUAAUCUCAAAUAUCGCCCCUAUAGUCUGCAACUUCAAAUCUAUGCUUUUUGUUGAAUUGGACAGCUCAAAUUUGGUAGGAUGAACAUCGGAAAACAUAAAACCAGUCAAUAAAAACUUCAAUGGAAUUUUAA